GAAGGCAGUAUAGCACAGAGAAGACAAGUAGUGACUCUAUGGCAUCUUACUACACUUAUAGACAGUGACGGUAAUGGGGUAUGUGGUGGGGACUUGAUAAUGGGGGGAAUCUAGUAACCACAAUGUUGCUCAUGUGAUUGUAUAUUAAUGAUACCAAAAUAAACAAACAAAUAAAUAAAUAAAACAGGACAGAAGGAGAAAUCUGUUAGAGUUCCUCUGAAAUUCUCAAAGAGCAAAUAAUCAAAUGCUUUGUUUUGCAAGCUCCCCUCCAUUCUUAGUUAAUGAUGUUAAGCUCUUAAUGACAAAGAAACCAAGCCCACUGAUCUAGUUUACUAACACAUGUAAAAGCAAACCAUAGACUUGUUUUAACUAAGCAUGACAACAAAGCGAUUGAGCAGCUUUCUAAACUGCCAGAGCAGUGGGCACUACCUUGCAUAGGCUGCUGUUAAAUCAGCACUUCAUAAAUCGUGCGGGCUCCUGCCCAUUUAGAUGAUCUCUCUAUGCAGAACCAACAGUCUAGCACUGGCUCUUCCAAGCACUAAAAAUCAUCACUCUGCUAAGCCAACUCACUGUUCAGACGGGUCCUCUUGAAUGCAGCCUUUAUUACAACCUCACUGCUGCUUCCUACACUGAAGGAAUACCAUGUUUUCUAAGUCAGGAGUUCUUCUUUUUCUCUUUAUUGUAAUCAGGGGUCUUCCGACGACCCCAAUACUGUCACAAAGCACAGUGCUUUAUAACAGUAAAGCUUCUGGAAAACCCAAACAAAAGACACGUCACCCGGUGACGUCAGCCUAUAUACAGUUCUGUGUGGCCGCAGCACAUAAGCAAAUCCAUUCUUGUGCCGUUUCUCGGAAAAGCUUUUCAGUAAAUGCACUCAUGCUGCUCCAGGAGCUCUUCUCUGCAACAAGCCGCCCAUCUGCCAUCAACAAGUUAAGACUGACAGAACUAACGGCUGCGGAACCGAGAGACUAAAGCUUUAACCAUUUGAGCAGUUAGAGGAGGAUGAAAUUAUUAACAUAUUCAAAACUGCUUUAGGCAAUCAGAGUGGUCGCAGAAAAUGAAACCAAUGCUUUCGAGAGGAAUAUCCUAAGGAUAAAACAACCCACCCUGGUGGAUUCAAUUUUACUCAGAAAGGCUGGGACACCGAAAACAGGAAACUGGUCAAAGGCUCCUGCAUGUUCGAGCCUUUUACAGACUCACUGCGUUGAGUCUAACAACCGCGACUGAAUGCAGCCUCCAAUGUGCUCAGAAGAAUGGGCUCACAUUUCAAGUGGCCAUUAGGGGCCCCUAUGCUGGCAGCAAUAUAUGCAAUGAGUAUGGUUUUAAAAAUGCUGCCUGCCCUGGGUAUGGCGUGUCCACCCAAAUGCCGCUGCGAGAAGCUGCUCUUCUACUGCGACUCUCAGGGCUUCCACUCAGUGCCAAACGCCACAGACAAGGGCUCUCUGGGCCUGUCCCUGAGGCACAAUCACAUCACAGAGCUCGAAAGGGAUCAAUUUGCCAGCUUCAGUCAACUUACCUGGCUCCACUUAGACCACAAUCAAAUUUCAACAGUAAAAGAAGAUGCUUUUCAAGGACUAUAUAAACUUAAGGAAUUAAUCUUAAGUUCCAACAAAAUAUUUUACUUGCCAAACACAACUUUUACCCAACUGAUUAACCUGCAAAAUUUGGACCUGUCUUUUAAUCAGCUGUCAUCUCUGCACCCAGAGCUCUUCUAUGGCCUUCGGAAGCUGCAGACCUUGCAUUUACGGUCCAACUCCCUGCGGACUAUCCCAGUGCGCCUGUUCUGGGACUGUCGUAGUCUGGAGUUUCUGGAUUUGAGCACAAACCGUUUGCGAAGUUUGGCUCGCAAUGGAUUUGCAGGAUUAAUCAAACUGAGAGAGCUUCACCUAGAGCACAAUCAGCUGACGAAGAUUAAUUUUGCUCAUUUCCUACGGCUAAGCAGUCUGCACACACUCUUCUUACAAUGGAACAAAAUUAGCAACUUGACAUGUGGGAUGGAGUGGACCUGGGGCACUUUAGAAAAGCUAGACCUGACUGGAAAUGAAAUCAAAGCCAUCGACCUGACAGCGUUUGAAACGAUGCCUAAUCUUAAAAUACUCCUCAUGGAUAAUAACAAGUUAAACAGCCUUGAUUCCACGAUCUUAAACUCCCUGAGAUCCCUCUCAACUAUUGGCCUCUCUGGCAAUCUGUGGGAAUGCAGCCCUCGAAUAUGUGCUCUGGCCUCCUGGCUGGGCAGUUUCCAAGGCCGGUGGGAGCAUUCCAUCCUAUGCCACAGCCCUGACCACACCCAAGGAGAGGAUAUAUUAGAUGCAGUCCAUGGAUUUCAGCUCUGCUGGAAUUUAUCAACCACUGUCACUGCCAUGGCUACAACUUAUAGAGAUCCAACCACUGAAUAUACAAAAAGAAUAAGCUCAUCAAGUUACCAUGUGGGAGACAAAGAAAUACCAACUACUGCAGGCAUAGCAGUUACUACUGAGGAACACUUUCCUGAACCAGACAAUGCCAUCUUCACUCAGCGGGUAAUUACUGGAACAAUGGCUUUAUUGUUUUCUUUCUUUUUUAUUAUUUUUAUAGUGUUCAUCUCCAGGAAGUGUUGCCCUCCCACUUUAAGAAGAAUUAGACAGUGCUCAAUGAUUCAGAACCACAGGCAGCUCCGAUCCCAAACACGACUCCAUAUGUCAAAUAUGUCAGACCAAGGACCAUAUAAUGAAUACGAAGCCACCCAUGAAGGACCCUUCAUCAUCAUUAAUGGUUAUGGACAGUGCAAGUGUCAGCAGCUGCCAUACAAAGAAUGUGAAGUGUAAUAUCUACUCAUCAUGAAAAAUUACAUCAGAUAAGUAACCUAUUUUACAUAGUAGGGGCUAAAUACAUAUCUAAUUUUUACCAAUGGUGACAUUAAGCCUAAUUUUCCAAACCAAGUGGAGACUUAAGUUUUUGAAGUGUUGAAGUAUUUUUAAUUUUUUUCAAUGAAACCAUAUUUUAAGUGUUAAAAUGAAGCAAGCUCAUAUUACUUUGCAUUCUUGCUGGAAAGUCUAAAAAUGCUUACUUCAAAAUAAGAUGUUUCAUGUAUGUAAUUAUGUAUUAUCGGGUAAACAUUUACACUAAAGUCUCCAUAUGCUAUUUUUUUCUACUGAAAACAGUUUGGAAAGAAGCUCCCGAGUAGAAAUGGAUAUGGAUCAAUACUUGUUUGACCACUGCUCUCCAUCCCAAGUACAACUGGCUUGCUGCUUAAAAAGGAGAUUUAGCAAAGUUCUCUUGUAUGAUAAUUUGGUAUUUACUCAAAUCUACAAUUUACUGCCGGUGUGGGAAGUAGAAUUUCAUAUAUACUGAAGACUGGUAAACAUGAAACGCUCUUCUUUCAGAGUUUUUGCCUGGGUUAGUAGAUAUUAUCAAAGUCCACAUCAUGAAACCAGAGCCUUUUAUGUAAUUCUAAUAAGCUGAGUGACUCUCUUAAAAUAUAUUUAAACAAUGAAUCCAAGUGAUUGUGAAAAAGCUUCAUUACAAUGAAAUCAAUACUAAAUAAUUACACUGAUUUCAUAUCAUACAUCUCUAGCUUAUAAGGACAUUUUGAUUUUUGUGGCAUUUAGACAAUUAUUUUAAACUAGUACUAAAUUACCCUUUUACUUAUUAGUUCACUAAAUCCUAUAUUUUCCAUUAUAUGUAAAAAUAUUUAGAAAUUAUUUUGGAGAGAAAAGAGAUAAACUGAUUCAAUAAUCCUAUGAUCUUACCUAUUAUCACUAGGUUGGAAAUGAUUCCCACUAGCUGGAAAGCACACACAAAAAUAUACUCUCUCUGAACUGUCAUGAUCAGAAAUGCCUUGAUAAAGGGUUUAAACCUCUUUUUUCUGCAUUUUCCUGAUUUUCAAACCUCAAAAAGCCAAAUUAAAAAUAACUGGCUAGCAGUAGGCAUAACACUGAUUCUUACUAGAAUACAUUAUAAAGGAACCAUGAAAGAAACCACUUUCUAAAUAUUAUAUGCUAAAAUUUGACCUUUUAAUGAAGAUAAACAUUCACAUUGUAAGAGCAGUUCCUUCUAAGUGAAGGGGACAUAUUACUGAGGCAAACCUUCUCGUGGUAGACAAUCUACAUGCCUCUGCAGCCACACAGUGGUUAAGCUGAAGGUGGCACGGAGGUGAGGGGAUGUAAGGAAAAGGCAGCAUUUUGAAAUCUGACUCGCAAAAAUGGGUUAGCUGAAGUUAGAAGGCAGCCAAGAGGGAGGCAAAUGGGUGAUGUACACAGCCUGCAGCGAGCAGACCAAGGCCCUAGGAACUGCAGCUGAAAAGGGAGGGGGAAAGUUCUCUCGUGUUAAUAAAAACAUACAUAAUUAAUAAAUAAUAAUGAUGCCACACUUUUCAUAAAGAAAAGAGCCAAAUUAUUCCACUUCUUUAAUUACAUUUUCUAUGGAGAAACUAUGACAUAGGUGGGAUUUAGACACAAGUUACCAAUUCAUACAGAAUUUUUCCACAGACAAGGUUCCAUGUUAGUAGCAAAAAUGUGAGAUUAGAUUACUGAGUUGACCUUAGAAGAAUGAACAUUUUACAAGUGACAUUUACUGUAUGUCAAAAAUGGUAUAAAUCCUUAGAGAAAACUACUACCAUUAAAAAAAGUUAUCUUUUCCUUAACAUGACCAUAAACAUGAUACCCUUCCCUCAAGGCAUAUUUUCUUCCCAGAAUUGAAUUGAAAACAUGUUAAGUUACAGUUUAACCCAUGAGAUUUAAUUGUAAUUUUUUGUUUAAUACUAAGAGAGGGGUGUCUACCUAAAUCUCAAAGAAAAUAUAUCUCAGUAAAAAGCAGACAAGAUCAACAAUUACAGUAAACAUGUGCUCUCACAUUUUUUAAGGUGGAUAGAUUGAGUAUGACAAAGUCUCAGCCCAGUCAAGUUCAGCUGAUCUUGAAUGGUGACCACUUUUUCUCGUUAAACCAAACCCCAGGCCUGCACCGAGCAUACACAGGAGCCAAUUUUACAGCAUAGAGCACAGCUCCCUGCUUCCCUAGAGGGGUUAGAUCAGGUGGCCCCAUCACAAAUGAGGGCUCCACAAGCUAAAAUUUACUAACCCACGUAUCAGGUAAACACAGACACUUGUCAAGGGACUGUUUUGCCACAAAACAACUGUGUCCUGAACACACAAGAUUUUACUAGCUUUGAAGGAUAGCAGAGGAGUAUUUUCCAUCAUUUCAAUCACAACCAAAAUUAAUCGAAAUUCUGAGGAGAAGGAUGAGAAAUAUUGCUGGGAAUCCCCAUAUUAAUCUUAAAGACUGUAGCAGGUAAAACAGACCACCAGUUGGAAAAGCAAACCAUUCAGUCAUUCAGGAGAACAGCAUGCCAAGGCCACCAGAGCAUACUUGCCAGUUGAAAAAUAACUGAUAUUUUGCCUCUGUUUUUUUGGUAAUGCUCUCUGAGAAAAGUGAGUAACAGUGCCAAACAGCAUUUUCCUUUUUCAUUUAAAAUGCAAGCUUCCUUUUUCAACUGCCUAAUAGAAGGCAGGAUUCCAUAUAAUGUUGGCCUGUUUGUGUUUGGGUAUCAGCACAGGUUUGAGAUGAGACUGGUUAGUCAUAUGACUUCUCUUCACCAACUGGCCAGAGUGGAAGAGCAUCAGAGCUUCACUGCAGAUCUGCUAACACAAUGUCAGGGGCUUCUGUUUUCCUGUCUAGUUUUAUCCUGUGCAACAACCAUCUGGUCCCCCACCCCACUUUUUUUUCCCCCCAUUUUCAAGGUUAGAGGAAAGUGACCACUUAAUCAAGAAACAGAAAAAUUAUUAAAUCUCUCUGGAAAAAGGAAAGCUAAAGAUGGCUAUGAUACUGUACCCACCUAGUAACCAAUUCUGUAGCUUGCAGGGAUUUCAAUCACCUUUCUGAAAUGAGAGUGGGCUGUAAAUCUGCAAAUCUACACACACUCAGAGAAUACCCACUGCCAACACUAAAUAGCAAAGAUACUAAUUUUUAAGCCAAAAAUCUGCACUAACACAUGUAAUUUCUUAAUGUGCCUAAGUUAAUUUCUAUACCAAUUCAAUGAAUGAAACUGAUUGAACUCCCCAACUCCACUAAUUACUAAAAUCCAUCUGCUUAUUCUAAUGCUAGUCACCAAGAGCUAGACUUCAUCUUUCCAAUAAAAAUAAGCCUGCAUUAUGCAGUUAUAGCACAGAGAAGACAAGUAGUGACACUCUAUAGCAUCUUACUAUGCUGAUGGACAGUGACUGCUGUAAUGGGGUAUGUGGUGGGGAUUUGAUAAUGGGGGGGAAUCUAGUAACCACAAAAACCACAAAGUUGCUCACGUGAUUGUAUAUUAAUGAUACCAAAAAUAAUAAUAAUAAUAAGCCCUAUGUAACACUAGGUCUGAAUCCAAAAAUUCAAAACAGACAUAUCAUUUUCUUAAACAUACUUCCUAUACAUAGCUAAUAUCAGGGGAAAAGCUAUAAAUGCCCUGUUCUCUCUCUGAAGUAUAGAUAUCAAUACAAAAUUUUGAAAUAGUUAUUUUUGGAAGCUGACUUACAUGACCAUAUCCCUAAUAAGAGCAAUACAGUGACAGACUGUCUCAAAAAUCAUGCUUUUCAUAGCUUACUGGUUAAAGUGCUUCAGCCAGAAACAAAGAUAAAGGUGACAAGGCCAUCCAUAGAUAAUUACAUAUUUCUGUUCCUAACCUAGGGCAAACUUGUAGUACUUGAAUAAUUUAAGGCCAAAAACAAAUAGAAAAUGACUGUUGAAGCUUUCACACUGCUACUGCAAAUAUGUGGAAACAUCUGCUACUCCUUCAACUAACCUAUUUUUCCUGGGCAAUUAAA